AAAACGAGGAGAGGAAGUCAGAGCAAUUUAAACAGUAGUCAGUCGCACGCUUUCCUCCCGUCUUGUAAUUUGGAUUAUUCCGCUUUUCCCCAAUGCUGAAAUAUUUAAUUACCAUGCUCAUCUCUACCUGAUCUGCUCGCACUUUUGUUUCGUCCCUAGAUAGUUGAUUUCAACUUUAUUUAACGAUGCUAAGUGCAGCGAAGAUUGACAACAAGAGCGGAAUGAUGGCAAAAGUUCACACGAGGAUAAGAGCGGAUCCCUUCUCGGCCAAUUACGAACUGGCUGGCAAAGAACUGGGCCGGGGAAAGUUUGCGGUGGUGAAGAAGUGCACGGAGAAGGCGACGGGCAAGCAGUAUGCCGCCAAGUUUCUGCGCAAGCGGCGGAAGGGUCAGGACUGCCGCGUGGACAUCCUCAACGAGAUCGCCGUGCUGGAGCUGGCCAAGUGCAACCCGUACGUUGUGGCCCUUCAUGAGGUCUACGAGACGGCUACCGAGAUCGUCCUGGUGCUUGAAUGUGCCGGCGGCGGGGAGAUCUUCGACCAGUGUGUCGCCGACAAUGACGACGCCUUCACAGAGAAAGACGUCAUCCGGUUGGCCCGACAGAUUCUGAUGGGGGUGGCUUUCCUGCAUUGCAACAAUGUCGUGCAUCUCGAUCUGAAGGUAAGACGCCCUAGAUGGGACGUUACGAAGAGAGCCACGGCGGAGGAAUGCCUGAGCCACCCUUGGCUCAAACCCCACCCCCUCGACAUCUCGCCGCUGGCCGUCGAUUUCAUCAAGUCGCUGUUGGUGAAAAACCCCAGGAAGAGAGCCACGGCGGAAGAAUGCCUGAGCCACCCUUGGCUCAAACCCCACCCCCUCGUGCACCACCACCUCCACGCCGCACGGUCCUCGUCAUCCUUGGACGAACCCGACGCCAGCGACACCAGCCAGUCCGAGGAAUCCGAGCCCGAGAGCCCGGCGCCGUCCCCGGAGCUGGGCCUGAUGGACUCGUACCUAACGUGUCCGUGUCAGGGCGAGCUGAAGACGGGCUGCGGCUCCUUCAGCUUCGCCGAGCCGCCCUUCGCCCCUCGGCCCGAAAUACAGCAGGAGCUCAUCUGCUGAAGAACAGACGGACAGACAGACAGACUCACUCCCUCUUUCAAGACGCCUGUGUAGAUUGACUCGGAGGAAACGACGAGGAUGAAGAAGACUGGUUCCUCGUUUUAAACCGAAUUAGCCUUCCAAACACAGUUUUGGUCACAAGAGGUGUCCAAACUUGGUUCUGGACGUCUCAACAGUCUACGAUGAGUUUUUUUGGUGAAGGAGGAAAAAAAAAAAUUGGGGACGUUUUACCGUGAACUAGCGCAAAAGAAGUACAUUUUUAUAUUGUUUAUUUAUGUUAUAUUUGCCUCUUCCGUCAGAUCGAGUCAGCAUUCUCACUUUUUCAAUACAAUCUUGAGCACUUUUUUUUUUAAGUUUAAAAAAACGUUUUUGUUAAAAAGGACUUCUUAUGCAAUCGCACAGCCCUAGCCUACUGUACAUAUGGUAAAAAAAAAGUGCCACGUUGGUGUAUUCACGUUGUUCUUUUGAGCGUUUGCACAAGUCUGCACCUUUUUCCCCCCGUUUUUUUUUUCUGGAUUUUUUUUCCGUUUUUUUUUUUUUUUUUUUUUUUUUUUUUACAGUUCAUAUUUUACUGUGAGAAUGCAGCACAUUUUUGAAAAUGACUCAUGGAGGCUGAAAUAGAUGAAGAGUCAUAUAAUACACAGCGCUCGGGAGCAAGGCGUCGCAAUGUUGUUGGCGUUUCCACCAAUUAACCGGUCUUUUUCUCGACCGCCUGUGUGUCAAUUUGGUAAGAUGUCUCGCUUUUUCAAUGUUAACUUUUAUUUGUUUUCAGUUGUUGUUGUCGCCUUUUGCUUGUGGAUUUCAGCCAGUUUUGCACUUGUCCUUGUGGACUUUUUUUUUUGUUGAAAGUUGAAUAAAUGUUCCUGUCAUUGCAAAAUGUAAAGAGAAAUACAUGUACAUUUUGUAUCAAACUC